GUGGAGGGGGUCACUUCCCUGAAUAGCCUCCAGGGGUCUGGUCAAGAGGAGCAGCUCCCGGGUUAUUGGUGUUUGGAGCAAAGGGAAUGACACUUUCCUGAGAUACUGUUUAAGGAGCAGGGGACUAUGAUCUCCCUCAAUAGGGCAUGAAGCCCAGCAGGGCUGUUCUCCCUGAGUAGCUCUAGGGAUGGAAUUGGGAUGGGAGGAAAUGGGAACCUCUCCAAACAACAAUGCUGACAGCGCCCAGGGAUGGACAUUUCCCUGAGUAGUGACUAGGGCUGUUAAGUGCAUUGACUUCUCCGAAUAGCCACGGCCAGCGGAUCUGCGGUUAGUAAUUCAGGUGAAUUCACUUCCACAGGGUUGGAGGGAUGAAUUGGUUGGGAUGGAAAUAGGUGCUGAAGAUGUUAAAGGAAUGCCCUGUCCCAAACCGCAGCUCAGGUACAGAGCAUUCUCCUUCCCGAAUACCAGUGGAGAAGGGCGGUGAGCGAGGACCUUUCAGAUCCUUGGCAAAGGGUGUCUGAAUGAAUGGUGUGACUCAUCAGCGCCUGGGUGAGAGAGUUACCAUCCCCUUGAAAGCUGAUGGGUUUGUAGAUCACAGGAGAGAGGCAAACAAAAUUGGCCAGAUCUCAUCGACUUCACUUUAUUCCUCUGCUCGCACAUGGAGGACAGGUGGAAGAGGUGAAGAGCAAUAGCUUAUCAUGUGCCAGGCCAGAAGGCCUUGAUGCUAGCCUCUGGCACGUGUGUUGGAUGCUGCGGGCUGUAAGGCAUCCCUAGAAAGUGUCUCAGAUUUCCGGAUCCUCAUAGCUGGUGUGGACAUGAGGCAUAAACUGCUUUUUGGGGUGCGUGCUUGUAUAUAUAGCUGGUCUUUGUAGCAAGGGGAAUUGAAGUGGGCCAAGCAGCAGGAUUUGAUGGGAGCAGGGGGUGAAAGGCAACGGAUGGGACAGAGUUGUAGGUAUCCAGGCAAGGGAAUAUGCAGGGAUUGAGAGACCGAAUCUAGCUGGAGAGUUUAAUGAGAUCGGGAUGCUAGGGGAGCAGUGAGAUGGCUUUAGUCUGCAGGGUGAGGCUGAGGAGAGUUGUGUAGGAGGGGUUAUGAGUGGAACAGGAAAAAGGCCAUAGAGAAUUGCUUAUAAAAUCGAGGGCAUUUCCCAGGGCACAGGUGGGAGGGUAGCAGGGUGGGAAGGUAGCAGAUUGGACGAGACCUUGGUGUGAGGGAAGAGAAUCAUGUGAGUCAGUAGCAGCAGUAUGGAGAAAGAGAAACUGAUCAAGAAGAGGAAGCUGCAAGGGGAAGAUGAGAUGGGGCUUUCAGAAGAGCAUUAGGAUGCAGUCUUGGCCGUGACUCUGAUGCCAGCUCCAUAGCCCAGCCAAUGAGACUCUCAAGGAGGAGGUACCCUGGGGGUAGGCUGCCAUGUGCUCAACACUUCUAUAGUGCUGUCCAUCCGCCUUUGUAAACACUAACUCAUUAAGCCUUGUAACUUCCCCCAUGAGACUGUUUCAAUAGUCUCGGAUUGGGAAACUGAGGCACAGAGCUGGGCGGUGACAUGACUCCUCUGUAUUUGUGGGCGCUGUCAGAGCCAUGAUUAGAAAUUGGGAUUUUCUGGCUCCUAGUCCUGUGCGGAGACCACUUGACCAUAUCUCAUUCUCAAGUGAGAAGAGGCCAGGGGAGCAUUGCUUGGUCUCAGUAAUUCCAUGGAUAUCAGUGUCAGGGAUGAGGAGGGACUUGCUAUUGAGGGAGCUGAUGUUGACAUUUACCCAAGAGAGUGGUUAGUGGCUGAAGAAUGAUGGAAAGAGGAUUGGGAUACUUCUCUUAGAGGUAACAAGGGCAUGUGUUGGGGAGAAUGCUUUGGGAUCAUCUUUGGGAGAUAUUAGCUGGCUGUGCCGGGUUUAAUAUGCUUAUACUCUAACUUCCCUGCAGCUGCUUAGAUUUGGGAUUCAUCCAGCCAGCUCUGACCUCAGCCUUUCCUGUUUGGAAGAGAGAGAAAGAGAAUUAUCAUGAGGGCUAGGAAGCAAGCAAUGCAUUCCGAAGCCAGCCAGUGAUACUGGAGUUAACCAACCGCAGCAAAUGUGCAUUGCUACUGAAGGGAGCGGGGAUGUGGCUGAAAAAGCCAAGUGGAGGAGAGUAACCCCACCACAAAUCCUCUUGCCCACCCACAUUUCAUAACUGGGUAGGGAACGCUGUGGCAGAAGAGCACGUAAAAGUGCAAUCAGAGCUCCGCCUCUGUGUCUGUAAGCAUCAUGGGAGCAUCCUUGUGGCAACUGGGACUCCAGGGGAGAAGGAAGGAGCAGUGGAAGAGGGAACGUGAAAACAGCUGCAAGGAUGGGCCAACGGCUAGAGCCCUACCCAGGGCUGUGGGAGACCUCGGUUCAAUUCCUGCUCCACCCCAAACAUCCUGUAUGAACCGAGGCACAUCACUUUGCUUCUCUGUGUUUCAGUUCCACAUCUGUAAAAUGGGCCUAAUAGCACUGCCCUACCUCACAGGUAAAGAUUGUGUGGCACUCAGAUUGUGCGGGCCAGAUAAAUAUUCAAGAUAGCGUGGCAAUUCACAUGAAAAGUCCCUCAAACAAUAUUCACUGCAUCACGUCACCUUGUGCCUCGCUUACGCAUCCUUAAGGAGACACAUUUAGCUAGUGAUCAUUUAUUGCUCGGUGGGUUUCACCUGCGUUCGCAUGCGCCAGUGCAGCUGGUGCAUGAAUUGGCCACUCAGUGGUGUAUGUGACAGCAUUUGCAAAGAAACCUUUGCAUAAUAGAGCUUCUGGAUUGUUGCCCAAGGAAGGUUGCAACUUCCGGCCUUCCUGCAGACCUCAUUUGCUAACUGUAGCACAGGCCUAUCCAUGCUUCAGUGCAACUUUCUAUUGCCCCAGUAAAGACACCCAUUUUAAUGCUCUACGUUUACGUUGGCCCUGCUGCUCCUAGGAAAGGACAUAUUACAGCACAUAAACCCAUGGCUUCGGCAGUGUAAGAGGUGGGCAUGGCUUCUGAUUGACGUUCUGAUUCAAAGGUUGCAUACUAAAAGUCAUUCCAUAAAGUCCCAUUGCUUUAGGCCUGUCUAGUGUCCCACAUUUCCUGGUGGAAAUUCCAAGGUGUGUGUUGUCAGAGCAGUUUGUGUUACUGCUGUACUUUUAUCUCCACUCAAACCUUUCAUAGCAGACACGCAAAAUGGGACAUAGAGGUGAAGAGGGCUAAGGCUGUUUGGGAUCUUAAUUGAAAGGCCCGUUUGGAAAUUAUCAGUUGAUUGAUUUUAGACUUCAGCUUGGAAUUCCUUGGCUUUCUACAGGACUAGGUAAAACUCUAGUGUUCUUCACAUUUUUCCUUCUUCAAAUACUUUCUCAGUCUUAACUCCAUUUUACCACCUUUUUUUUUCUUCUUAACCAGGGAACUUCCUUCGUUUUAAUCUGACAAGUGAAGUACUGAUCCCCUUCCUAUUUGGAAUUAUUCAUUCUACACCAGGCACUCAAAGUACACUGUAGCCUUGGUUACCUGCGUGUUAUUUAGCAUACCUUGAUGUCAUCUUUGUUAGAACUGCACUGCCGUUUCUCCAAAGCUACAGCCUUUAAAAAAAUGGUUCAAACUGGCCAGUGUGCCUGCGGACUCCAAGAAGUCUUUGUAGGAAUCUGAAUAUUUUGCCUCCAUGGAAUCUUUCAACCUAGUAAGAUCUGUGAAGUAUUUGAAGCAGUCCCUGAGGGUCACAGGCUCCUUGGGAGUGAUUGCAUUAACCUGUGGGAUGGUUUGUGGGGUCGAGUGUGAUGGGCCAAGAAUCUUUGUCUCGAUCCAGCAAACUCUGUGACUUUUAUGCUUCCCCAGAGCUCACAUAGGGUUAAGCAGGCCAAGAAGUUAUAGUGUUAGGUUAGGGUCCCUAGGAGUUGCUGUGGGAAGUGGAAGCUCUUUAGGAAUGAGUUUACGGGCACACACUGGAAGCUGUUCUUUGACCCAGUCUCUGAGCAGUGGUUAGCACAGUCCUUUUCCAUCUGCAAAGUGCUCUUUCCCCACCCCCCACCUCUGGUGCGGUGGGUCGGUAUCAUUAUCCACACUGUACAGAUGGGGAAACUGAGGCACCAAAAUGGGAAGGGCCUUGCUGAAGUCCCUGUGAGUCUGUGGCAGAGCUAGGACGAGGACUUCAGAUUCGUCGACUCCUAGUCCUGUGUUCGUUCCAUUCGACCAGAGUUUAUCAGCCUUUGCGAGUUGGCAAUCCCUUAUUUGAAGUUAAAAAUUUUUGCCACCCCUUUCCCCUUACUAUAAAAGUUUAGAUUAAAAAUAUAUAUUGGUACUUGAGGCUAAGUAAUCGAUUUGUGUGUGUGUUUCGAGAGCUCGACAGAGAACACAUGACCUUGAACGGUCAGAGGAUGUGGGAAGUGGGGUAGCGAGAUCUUCUUUGCUUUAGAUUGUAAUAAAAAUUUCAACGCCUCACGAUCCUUCCCACUUCCCCCUCCCGGGGGUUAUGACCCAAUGUUUGAGAAACACUGCACUAGACGGUGGUACUCUAAGGUAGGUUAUGUUUGCAAAGGGAAUUCUAGUCUUGAUCCUGGCACGGUGAUCUGGUAUGCGACAGCAGGCUGAGUUGGGCUAGAUCAAUUCUUGUAGCCAGAGAGGGCUCCAGGUUCAUUUGAGCAGGUACAUGGCCAGCAGGAGAGAGGGGUUGUGGAGGAGAUGGGACUGAUCCCUACAGAGAUGGCAACAGUGCUCCUGUGGGGUUCGACUCUGCUACCCUAGAGCAUUGGGCACAAGGUGCUGACGUUAGAAGCUCAGAAAACUGGGGAUGUGCUAUGAGUUAAAUGAUUGGAAAUGAAUCUGUAACAGGUGCUUAACAUCACUGUUUGCUGGGACAGGGUUUGACUGACGGGAGCAUGUCGGACCGGAAAUCUGGCUAAUAAGCAGAAAAUCUGUGUUAAUAGACUGGUGGGUGGGGGUGGGGGGUUUAAGAAGGUGUCAGCUGGCGGAUGGUGGAGCCAGCUCGCAAUCUCGCCUUAGGAGCUGGCAGGCAGUUUGGCAUAUGGUGCAGAUUCCCGCGGCUUAAGCCAACAGACGGCCCUUAAGUGAUGGAAACGUUUUGUGAUUGGGUUAAAUUGCCUGUAGAAGGGUGAGAAAAUACACACCCGAGCUCAGUCCAGACUGGAGCAGUCUCUCAAAUGCAACAGAGCAUGAGGAGUGGAGUGAGCUCCUCGCGGCCGCUGCCCAGCAGCGGGCAGGUCUGCAAUUAACUGGAUUGCUGCUGUGUGAAAGAGCUGGAGGAGGGAGGUGUUGUGGAUGCCUUGCAGUGCCUUGGGCUGAGUCGGCCCCGGCAUUAGCUGCCUGAUGCCACUGAAGUCAGAGAUGCACCUGCAGGAAAUUGGCCUGUUGUUUUUAUCAGAGUUUUGGCAAUGACAUCGGAGGGGAAGGAUAGUUUUGUGGUUAGGGCAAGAGAGCUGGAAGUCAGGACUCCUGGGUUCUGUUCCUGCCUUUGGGAGAGGGGAGUGGGGUUGAGCAGCGGGGCUGGGAGUCAGGAUGUCUGGGUUCUAUGCCCACCUCUGGGUGGGAUCGGGUGGGUUAGAGAAGUGGGGCUGAGAGUCAGGAUUCCUGGAUUCUACUCCCACUUCAGCAUUUAAGCAACUCCAACUAGUAUAAAACGCCCCGGCAUGUCUCCUCAGCAACACAGCUGCUGGAGCACAUCAAACCUGUCCUCCGCUCUCUAUACUGGCUUCUUAGAACAUAUUGAAUCAGGUUCAAGGUCUUGGUCCUUAUCUUCAAAACGGCACAUGGCCUGGGCCCAGCAUAUCAAAAAGAUCAUCUAAAGCUCCUGGAAAGACUGUGGUCGACAGCUCUGCUGCUCUGGCCCAAUGGACUCUCAACAAUAAGAGUAAAGCUAGUCCAUGCGGGAGACAGAGCCGUCUCCAGGGGUGGUCUGAGGCUGUAGACGAAACGUCUCCAGGAACUAAGGACUAUCGUAACCCUCACCACCUUCCACUCCAACUGCAAGGAACAUUUCUUUGACCUGCCUUCUAUAAAAACACAGCAACAAAUACCUGUAUAUUAAAAGAAAACAGACACCCCUAUCAAAACCAGACAGUCCACUGCACGGCGCUUCUCCCUCUGGGGAGAGGAGGAGAGACCAGCACAUGACCGAUGUGUAGUCAUGGUGCGCUGCUGGAAGGCACUCAGAUACUACGGCCCAAGUGGCAUUUCUGCAGGGAGAGAGGAAGGGCCAAGAGAACCUCAAGACAGACCUCGUGCGCAGGAUAAAGAUGUUGGAGUAUGCCUUAAAGCAAGAAAGGUCAAAAUACCACAAGCUGAAGUUUGGAACUGAACCGAACCAAGGGGAGAAGAGAGCAGAUCUGUCAGAACCAGUUUCCAAUGGCCCAGCGGAAACAACUUCACUGGAAAGCAACCCACUGGUGUGGAAAGAAGGGCGCCAGCUGCUCCGGCAGUACCUGGAAGAAGUGGGCUACACAGACACCAUCCUGGACAUGCGCUCCAAGCGAGUGCGCUCCCUGCUGGGCCGCUGCUCCGUGGAGCUGAACGGCACCGUGGAGCCCAGCGAUUUGGGGCUGGGCCCCGCUCCGGGCCCCACUGGGCUGAACGGGGGCGAGUCGUUGCUUGUCAAACAGAUCGAGGAACAGAUUAAAAGGAACGCUGGUAAGGAGACAAAGGAUCGGAUCAGCAGCUCGGUGAUGGAGAAAAUCCCCUUCCUCCAGAACUGCGAGGACGAGGACAGCGAUGAAGAGGAAGAUCUGGAAGGCCUUCCUCUCGAAACCCAGCGGCAGCACAAGAAACAACGAGUAAAGCUUGCCACAAAGCCCCUGAUGCCUGAGGUGGAGGAUGAGGAGGAUGAUGAAGACUCUGAGGAUGCCUUGAACGAGUUUGACUUCUUGGGCUCUGGGGAGAACGGCGAGGGCUCCGGGGACGCCCGGCGCACCGGGGACGGGAACGAGCUCGAGAGCCGGAGAGUUAAGCUUCAAGGCAUGCUUGCCGAUCUCCGGGAUGUUGAUGGGCUCCCUCCUAAACCAUCUAUUCCAUCUGUCAUCUCCAGUCAUCCCAGGUCUCACGAAGGGUCGCUUGGCUUCUCCUCGGACGUGUUUAUCAUGGACACCAUCGGCGGAGGGGAAGUAAGUCUGGGGGACCUGGCAGACCUGACCGUCACCAACGACAACGAGCUCAGUUGUGACCUGUCGGAUGGCAAGGACGCCUUUAAGAAGACCUGGAAUCCCAAGUUCACCCUCCGGAGUCACUACGAUGGGAUCCGGGCCCUGGUUUUCCACCACACGGAGUCCGCGCUGGUCACUGCCUCUGAGGACGGCACGCUGAAGCUGUGGAACCUCCAGAAGACGGUUGCUGCCAAAAAGAACGCCGCACUGGACGUGGAGCCGGUCUACGCUUUCCGGGCGCACAGGGGUCCAGUGCUCUCCGUUGCCAUGGGCUGUAACAGUGAAUAUUGCUACAGUGGCGGAACGGACACCAAGAUCCGCUUCUGGAGGGUCCCAGAUUUGAGCAUGGAUCCAUACGACAGUUACGAUCCAGGAGUCCUCAGCAACGUCCUGGAAGGCCACACGGAUGCGAUCUGGGGCCUGGCAUUCAGCCCUUCCAAGAACCGCCUGGCUUCGUGUUCAGCAGAUGGCACGGUCAGAAUAUGGGACCCUAGCGAGAACCCAUCCUGCCUCAGCACCUACAACACGGAGCGUGAGUACGGAAUCCCUACCUCUGUCGUGUUCGCCAGCACGGACCCUGCCCAUGUUGUGGCCGCCUUCCGAACAGGCAACACGGUGCUGUACGACCUGGAGACCUCCCAGCCCAUCCUGACGCUGGAAUCCAGAGCUGCCACUGGAUUCAGUCAAAUCAAUCACGUGGUGAGCCACCCGACGCAGCCCGUCACCAUCACGGCGCACGACGACCGAGGAAUCCGCUUCUUGGACAACCGGACAGGGAAAGCCAUCCACUCCAUGGUCGCUCACUUGGACGCUGUCACCUGCCUCGCCGUGGACCCCAAUGGGGUCUUCCUCAUGUCUGGAAGCCACGACUGCUCCCUGCGCCUCUGGAACCUGGACAACAAGACGUGCGUGCAGGAGAUCACGGCCCACCGCAAGAAACAUGAGGAGGCCAUCCAUGCUGUGGCCUUCCACCCUAGCAAGGCCCUGAUUGCCAGUGCCGGGGCCGACGCCCUGGCCAAGGUCUUUGUAUGAGCGGCGGAGGAUCCUGCAGGUAGGUCCCCGGGACUCUCCAGAGGUGCUAAUCCCGUCUGGCGAUGAGCGUUUCCCCCCCACCUCCCCACAGCUCAGGACCUGCUGACAAGGGGCGGCUCUUCUCACCCAGUGGAGUGACGCAGACGUGUGUGGCUGGGGAGGGUGGGCAGGGGAGGAUGGCAACCCCGUGACCGCCCCUUCCCGUGCCCUCAGGGCCCAGCAGCCAGAUUCUGGAAUGUUUUCUGCUUGUUUCAAGGUCGCCUGGUUUUAUUUCCCAGCCAGUGAGCGGAAAGUGUUCAGGGCCAGGCACGGCUAAUGGCAGGGAGGGGCAGGGCCCAGCUGUUCCAUGACGUUGGGCACUUGUCCCCUUCCCAGCAUCAGGGCAGCCCUCGCUGCCCCUAACUCCCCUGGGCAAGGCUCUGCCAGGCCACAAAGUAACCCCUGGACCUUUAGGGUUCAUAAACCCUCCAGAACUGUCUCCUGGCCUCUUCCUUUCCUCCCUGAGCUGUCCCCUGCCGGCCCCUUGCAGAGCCCCCGAGUUUCAGCCGAGCUGCCCCUGCCGGCUGAUGCCAGGCCCGUCAGCAGGAGGGACUUGGGGGCAGGCUUAGUGAUCACGAGGGGGGCCGGAGAGCCAGGGAGGGAGGUGCACUGAGUAGAAGAGGGGGCCAGCUGGGAGGUUGCUCAGAUUGACCUGGAAUAAGAGGCCCCAUUGCGUUGGGUCAAGCCAGGAAGGUUACUUCCUGUGGGGAGCAGGGUGGGGGUAGCAAGGCAGUUCCCAGGCUGCUGCCCGCCCGGACGAGUGACUGGGACAGGGGGACGGGACUCAGACCCAGGGGUUACAGCGUUGACAGUGGAGGGGCCGAUGGGUGCUGCCCUCCCCUCUCACCCCUGCUCGGGGCAGCGCCGCUGGGCCUGAUGCGAAGUGUUUGGUCUCCAGGGCUGCUGUUGCCCUCAUCCCAGCUGUGCAGCCCACGCUGCCCCAUUAGCCCCCCAGUUUGCAGGCCAGCCAGCCUCCCGUGUCAGAUCUCCUCCUGCCCCUGGCCUGCUUGGCGCUGCCCUCGAUCCUGGCCCCAUCAGGUCCUGGGGGGACAGCCCUCGGCCUCCUUGGCUUCCUACCUUAUUGUAGCAAUAAUCCCUUCCUGUGAGGGGUGGGGGCCUCCGAGCAGGCAGCUCCUGUGUGACACUACUGCUCCCUUAGCACAGGGGUGCGUGCCUGCCCUGUGACGGGAGCUCCAUUCAUCCACGAACGGUUCUCCUGCCCUCCGACUGCAGCCUGGUUCUCAGCCCAUCCCCAGCGCAGUCCGGGCAGAGUCUGGCACCUGGAGUGCUCCCCCCAGAACACUAAACCCCCAUGCUGUUCCCAGGGGGCAAGGCCACCCUUGCCAGGACUGGACGUGAGCGGUGUUACCUGGGAUGGCUGCACUGGUCAAACACCCCUCCCUCCCCCCAGAGCAAGCCAGUGCUAGCAGGCUGGGCGUUCCCCUGGCAAGGGUUGGACACAGCCAUGCACAGAACCUGAUAAAUCCCAUGGCGUUCAGAGCCAGUUUGCAGUAGGGUCGCCCUCGCCAUCACCCCAGCAAUAAAGUCCACAUACCCGGGGCUCCAAUGCCUUCCCUUCCUGCUGCCACCCCCUCCCCCGACAGCAACCUAUGCUCUGUCCGUGGGCACAUGACCCACCCCCAGCUUGGCUAACUGUCACCUAGACUGCAACCCUGCUUGAGAGGCAGUUGGGUCUAAUGGUUAGGGCAGAGGGCCUGCUGGGAGUCAGGACUCCGGGGUUCUGUUCCCACUCCUUGGGGAAGUCACUUCCCCUCCCGGCAUCUCCCUUUCCCUGUCCUCAAGGGGGACAGUAAUUCUUCCUCCCUGCCCCCUGUUUGCAAAGUGCAUGGUGCCGUUGAGCGGCUGAGUGUUACCCUUGCCACAUCAGAAACCAUCUCUCACAUCUCAGCAGGGGCGAAGUCCCCGCUUUGGCUUGGACACUAACCCAUCGCGCCGUGGGGUGCCCCCUGGAGCCUGUGCCAUGUCAUGGGAUUCUGCAUGAAGCAGCUACAACACCAGGAACCACACCGACGAGGGGGGGACUAAAAGGGAAAUGUUAGCUUUGAUCGCAGGGUUCUCUCAAACCUCUCCACUGUGGUGGGGGCUGAUUCCACCAUGGCCAGAGGGGUGCAGAUCACUGCCCCCUGGUCGGUAUCCCCUGCCAUCUCUUCAUUUCAUCUUCUCGCCUGUAACAAAGAAAAACUCCUUGUAUAUUCUGUACAAAUGAAAUCCGAUUGAAACCGAACCCAGAAACACCUAAAGGGCUGAAGCUAAAGUGACCACAAACCAUGUUAUCACUGUGUGAUAGUCUCUACCGCUGGCAUUUUCAAACCGACUAGCGAUUGUGGGGUGCCAGCUCUAAAGGGGGGUGUUGCUGAGCCAGCUGCCCUCUGGCAAUCAGGCCCCGUAGGCCAUGUCGAGGCAGGGGAGCUGCCCAAGAAUCAAAUCGCUAGCCGCUCUUGAAAACCUCGGCCUACGUCCCCAAUAUACUGUAUGUAUCGGUGUGCUGUAUUUAUCCAAACUGAGAGCACUCGCCUUUUUAAUGCCGUUUAACUUUUUAUUGUAUAUUUAUUUGACCUCUUUUGGUUUUUUUUUUUUUUUUUUUUUUGUCCUGUUUAAUCACAAGACUGAAUCGUAUGUGAAGAAAUCUGCCUCAAUAAACCCCCUUUGGAAUAAGAA